AGCCGCGGGCGGCGGGGACCUGGCUCCGGCUCCGGGUGUUAGGAGACAAGAUGGCGGCGGCGCUGUGGAGGCCGGUCUCCUCCUCCUCUUCGCGGUCCUCCGCCCCGCCGCUCGCCGCCGCCUCCUCCUGGGUCUCCUCCUCCUCGUUCGCUGCCUCCUCCUCCUGCAGCAGUACUAGCGACCGCCGAGGCGCUGGCCCGCUCUCCCGGAGCUCCGGAGGGGGAUAGACCCGGCAGCUGCAGGCUCCGGCGACCGAGGCCGAGCUGGGGCCGGGGCGGGGACGGCGGCGGCGGCGGCGGCGGCGACGGCCCCGGGUGGGGAUGGGGUCGCAGACGCUGCAGAUCCUCCGGCAGGGGGUGUGGGCCGCGCUCAGCGGGGGCUGGUACUACGACCCGCACCAGGCCACCUUCGUGAACGCACUGCACCUCUACCUGUGGCUCUUUCUGCUCGGCCUGCCCUUCACCCUCUACAUGGCCCUUCCUUCCUCCAUGAUUAUAGUAGCAGUUUAUUGUCCUGUGAUAGCUGCUGUUUUCAUUGUUCUGAAGAUGGUCAACUAUCGACUACACAGAGCACUUGAUGCUGGAGAAGUUGUAGAUAGGAGUGCAAAUGAGUUCACAGAUCAGCAAGCCAAAGCUGAACAAAGCAACUGUUCAACCAGGAGAAAAGACAGCAAUGGACCCAGUGAUCCUGGUGGAGGGAUUGAAAUGUCUGAGUUCAUUCGCGAGGCCACACCUCCAGUUGGUUGCAGUUCAAGAAAUUCUUAUGCUGGUCUAGAUCCAAGCAACCAGAUUGGAUCUGGUUCUUCUCGUCUUGGAACAGCAGCAACUAUUAAGGGAGAUACAGAUACUGCUAAGACUUCUGAUGAUAUCAGUUUAAGUCUGGGCCAGAGCUCAAGUCUUUGUAAGGAAGGAAGUGAAGAGCAAGAUUUAGCAACUGAUCGGAAGCUCUUCCGUCUGGUCUCCAAUGACUCCUUCAUCUCCAUUCAGCCUUCCUUAUCCUCUUGUGGACAGGACUUACCAAGGGACUUCAGUGACAAAGUGAGCCUGCCAAGUCAUAGCCACCACCACCACAUCGAUCAGUCUCUGUCCAGUGCCUGUGACACAGAAGUAGCUUCUCUUGUACCUUUACAUUCACACUCUUAUAGGAAGGAUCACCGACCACGUGGUGUGCCACGGACUUCUAGCUCUGCUGUGGCUUUUCCAGACACAUCAUUGAGUGAUUUCCCUCUGUAUCAGCAAAGACGUGGGUUAGAUCCAGUUAGUGAGUUAGAAUCAUCCAAGCCUCAUUCUGGAUCCAAAGAAUCCUUGGUGGAAAAUUCUCAUUUAUCUGGGGAGUUUCAGCUUGCUGGUGACUUGAAAAACAGUAAUUCUCAGCCAUCCACAAAAAGUGGGAAGAGCAAACCUUUGAAGGCAGACAAAAGCAUGGACAGCUUGAGGAGCUUGAGCACACGGAGUAGCGGGUCAACAGAGAGUUAUUGCAGUGGAACAGACCGCGACACUAACAGUACUGUCAGCAGCUAUAAAAGUGAGCAGACCAGCUCAACUCACAUAGAGAGUAUCUUGUCAGAGCACGAGGAGUCUCCUAAAGCAGGAAAGAAAAGUAGCAGGAAAAAAGAGUGCUGUACUGACCUAGAGGAGAAGAGCACCUGUGCCAGUGACAAAAGGACUAGUGGUGAAAAGACUGCCUUGGAAGGGAGUCCAAACAGUGGGGUUGACGAGGCCAAGGAUUCUAAUACCUCUGAUGAGAUGCACAAUCAGAGGGGUCUCAGCACCUCUGCAUCAGAAGAAGCCAAUAAAAAUCCCCAUGCAAAUGAAUUUACUUUGCAAGGGGACAGACCACUUGAGAAAACUGCAGAAAAUACAGAGGAGCAGAGUGAUAAGUCAUCCGUUCCAGUAGAUUCAAAAGCGUGUAAAGAUGUUGGUGGAAAGCAAAAGGAAGGGGAUGUCCGACCUAAAUCCUCUAGCUUAAUCCACCGGACAGCCUCUGCCCACAAGUCAGGCAGGAGAAGGACAGGGAAAAAACGGGCCAGCAGUUUUGAUUCAAGUCGGCAUAGAGACUAUGUUUCCUUUCGAGGUGUUUCUGGUACCAAACCACAUAGUGCUAUAUUUUGUCACGAUGAGGACUCUAGUGAUCAAAGUGACUUGAGUAGAGCAUCCAGUGUUCAGUCUGCUCACCAGUUCAGCAGUGAUAGCUCUUCUAGCACUACUUCUCACUUGUGUCAGUCUCCUGAGGGCAGAUACAGUGCUCUAAAGACCAAACACAUCCAUAAAGAAAGGGGCAUAGACUCUGAACACACACACAAGGCUAAUUUGGGUCCUGAAGGAACUGGCAAGAAGCGGGGAGCACGACGGACUUCCAGCACAAAUAGUGCCAAGACUCGUGCCCGAGUGUUGAGCUUGGACAGUGGCACAGUAGCAUGUUUGAAUGACUCAAGUAGGCUGAUGGCACCUGAAAAUAUAAAACCUUUAACCACUUCAAAAUCAGAUCUCGAGGCCAAAGAAGGAGAGGUGCUAGAUGAGCUGUCUCUGUUGGGACGGGCUUCCCAGUUAGAGACAGUCACUCGAUCUAGGAAUAGCUUGCCAACCCAGGUUGCAUUUCCUGAAGGGGAAGAGCAAGAUGCAGUCAAUGGAGCAGUACAGGCCAGCGAGGAGGCAGUGUCAUUUCGCCGUGAACGCAGCACAUUUAGGCGCCAGGCAGUACGGCGCCGGCACAAUGCAGGGAAUAACCCUACCCCUCCUACAUUACUCAUCGGAUCACCCCUAAGCCUUCAAGAUGGUCAGCAAGGCCAGCAGUCCACAGCCCAGGUCAGAGUCCAGUCCCGCCCCCCUUCCCAGGCUGCAGUGCUCAGUGCUAGUGCCUCCUUGCUGGUGAGAAGUGGGAGUGUCCACUUAGAAGCAUCACAUGACAAUGCACCUGCUGUAGGCGGCAGCAGUUUGCACGAUGAACUUGGUAAGUUUUCUUCUACGCUCUAUGAGACUGGUGGCUGUGAUAUGUCACUUGUGAAUUUUGAACCAGCAGCAAGAAGAGCAUCCAAUAUCUGUGACACGGAUUCUCAUGUAUCCAGUUCUACCUCAGUUCGAUUUUAUCCACAUGAUGUGCUCUCUCUCCCACAGAUUCGAUUGAAUAGACUAUUGACCAUUGAUACAGAUUUGUUGGAGCAACAGGACAUUGAUCUAAGCCCUGACUUGGCAGCUACUUAUGGUCCAACAGAAGAAGCUGCCCAAAAGGUUAAACACUAUUACCGCUUUUGGAUCCUGCCCCAACUAUGGAUUGGCAUUAACUUUGACAGACUCACACUUUUGGCCCUGUUUGAUAGAAAUCGUGAGAUCCUGGAAAAUGUAUUAGCUGUCAUCCUGGCUAUUCUUGUGGCUUUUUUGGGAUCUAUUCUUCUCAUACAAGGCUUCUUCAGAGAUAUCUGGGUCUUUCAGUUCUGCCUGGUCAUAGCCAGCUGUCAGUACUCACUACUUAAGAGUGUUCAACCAGAUUCUUCUUCUCCAAGACAUGGUCAUAAUCGUAUCAUUGCCUACAGUAGACCAGUUUAUUUCUGUUUAUGUUGUGGUCUUAUUUGGCUCUUGGAUUAUGGUAGCAGAAAUCUUACUACAACCAAGUUCAAAUUAUAUGGAAUAACUUUCACCAAUCCAUUGGUAUUUAUAUCAGCCAGGGAUUUAGUUAUAGUGUUUACACUCUGUUUCCCGAUAGUAUUUUUCAUUGGUCUCCUGCCUCAGGUGAAUACAUUUGUAAUGUACCUUUGUGAACAAUUGGAUAUUCAUAUCUUUGGUGGUAAUGCUACUACAAGCCUGCUUGCAGCACUUUACAGUUUUAUCUGUAGCAUUGUGGCAGUAGCCUUGUUGUAUGGAUUGUGCUAUGGAGCAUUAAAGGAUUCUUGGGAUGGCCAGCAUAUUCCAGUACUUUUUUCUGUUUUUUGUGGUUUGUUAGUGGCAAUAUCCUACCAUCUCAGCCGACAAAGCAGUGAUCCGUCUGUACUUUUCUCUCUGGUGCAAUCCAAGAUUUUUCCAAAAACAGAAGAGAAAAAUCCAGAAGACCCUCUGUCUGAAGUAAAAGAUCCACUGCCUGAAAAACUUAGAAAUUCUGUUAGUGAGCGUUUACAGUCUGACCUAGUAGUAUGCAUUGUAAUUGGUGUGCUGUAUUUUGCUAUUCAUGUAAGCACAGUGUUCACAGUAUUGCAGCCUGCUCUCAAGUAUGUGUUGUAUGCAUUGGUUGGCUUUGUGGGAUUUGUCACCCAUUAUGUGCUGCCUCAAGUUAGAAAACAGCUCCCGUGGCACUGUUUCUCUCAUCCUCUGCUGAAGACAGUGGAGUAUAAUCAGUAUGAAGUUCGAAAUGCAGCCACUAUGAUGUGGUUUGAGAAACUUCAUGUGUGGCUUCUUUUUGUGGAGAAGAAUAUUAUCUAUCCAUUAAUUGUUCUCAAUGAACUUAGUAGCAGUGCAGAGACAAUUGCUAGUCCAAAAAAACUGGAUACAGAACUAGGUGCUUUAAUGAUCACCAUUGCUGGUUUGAAGUUGCUACGAUCCUCUUUUAGCAGCCCUACAUAUCAGUAUGUCACAGUCAUCUUUACUGUGCUCUUCUUCAAAUUCGACUAUGAAGCUUUUUCAGAGACCAUGCUGUUGGAUCUCUUCUUCAUGUCCAUACUCUUCAGCAAGCUUUGGGAACUCCUUUUUAAGUUGCAGUUUGUGUACACCUACAUUGCCCCAUGGCAGAUUACAUGGGGUUCUGCUUUCCAUGCUUUUGCUCAACCCUUUGCAGUACCCCAUUCAGCGAUGUUGUUCAUCCAGGCUGCUGUGUCAGCCUUCUUCUCUACUCCACUGAACCCCUUUCUGGGAAGUGCAAUAUUCAUCACUUCAUAUGUUCGACCUGUGAAAUUCUGGGAGAGAGACUAUAACACAAAACGAGUGGAUCAUUCAAAUACCAGAUUGGCUUCCCAGCUUGAUAGAAAUCCAGGAUCAGAUGACAACAAUCUGAAUUCCAUCUUUUAUGAACAUUUAACCAGAUCCCUACAGCACAGUAUCUGUGGUGAUUUGCUGUUAGGACGGUGGGGAAACUACAGUACAGGAGACUGUUUCAUCCUGGCUUCUGACUAUCUCAAUGCGUUAGUGCACCUGAUAGAGAUAGGGAACGGUCUGGUCACUUUCCAGUUGCGGGGACUUGAGUUCCGAGGUACCUACUGUCAACAACGGGAAGUGGAGGCCAUUACUGAAGGUGUUGAAGAAGAUGAAGGAUUUUGCUGUUGUGAACCCGGCCAUAUUCCUCAUGUGCUUUCAUUUAAUGCUGCAUUUAGCCAGCGCUGGCUAGCUUGGGAAGUGAUAGUCACUAAGUAUAUUCUGGAGGGUUAUAGCAUCACUGAUAAUAGUGCUGCUUCUAUGCUUCAAGUCUUUGAUCUUCGGAAAGUACUCACUACUUACUAUGUCAAGGGUAUCAUUUAUUAUGUUACAACCUCCUCUAAAUUAGAGGAGUGGCUAGCUAAUGAGACAAUGCAGGAAGGACUACGUCUUUGUGCAGAUCGAAAUUAUGUCGAUGUGGACCCAACAUUUAAUCCAAACAUUGACGAAGACUAUGAUCAUCGACUAGCAGGCAUCUCCAGGGAGAGUUUCUGUGUGAUUUACCUCAACUGGAUAGAGUAUUGCUCUUCCCGAAGAGCAAAGCCCCUGGAUGUGGACAAAGAUUCAUCCCUGGUGACUCUUUGUUAUGGACUCUGUGUUCUGGGACGAAGAGCUUUAGGUACUGCAUCCCACCACAUGUCCAGUAACUUAGAGUCAUUCCUCUAUGGAUUGCAUGCCCUAUUUAAAGGAGAUUUCCGUAUUUCUUCAAUUCGAGAUGAAUGGAUCUUUGCUGACAUGGAAUUGCUAAGAAAAGUAGUAGUCCCUGGAAUCCGUAUGUCCAUCAAACUUCAUCAGGAUCAUUUCACUUCUCCAGAUGAGUACGAUGACCCCACUGUGCUCUAUGAAGCCAUUGUAUCUCAUGAAAAAAACCUCGUAAUAGCCCAUGAAGGGGACCCCGCAUGGCGGAGUGCAGUCCUUGCCAACUCUCCCUCCUUGCUUGCUCUGCGACAUGUCAUGGAUGAUGGCACCAAUGAAUAUAAAAUCAUCAUGCUCAACAGACGCUACCUGAGCUUUAGGGUUAUUAAAGUGAAUAAGGAAUGUGUCCGAGGUCUUUGGGCAGGGCAACAGCAGGAGCUUGUUUUUCUACGUAACCGUAACCCAGAGAGAGGUAGCAUCCAAAAUGCAAAGCAGGCUUUGAGAAACAUGAUAAACUCAUCUUGUGAUCAACCUAUUGGAUACCCAAUCUUUGUCUCACCCCUGACAACUUCUUAUUCUGAUAGCCAUGAACAGCUUAAAGAAAUUUUUGGGGGACCUAUCAGCUUGGGAAAUAUCAGAAACUUCAUAGUGUCAACGUGGCACAGGCUAAGGAAAGGUUGUGGAGCUGGAUGUAACAGUGGUGGCAAUAUUGAAGAUUCUGAUACUGGAGGUGGAACUUCCUGCCCUGGUAACACUACAACAACUGUCAACGAUCCCCACAGCAUUGUGUCCCAGGGAAGCACUGGAAAUCCCGGGCAGGGAUCAGGAAGUGGACUCCAUCCGCCUGUCACGUCUUAUCAUCCACCACUAGGCACUAGCCACAGCUCUCACUCUGUACAGUCAAGCCUGGUCAGACAGUCGCCUGCACGGGCCUCAGUAGCCAGUCAGUCUUCCUACUGCUACAGCAGCCGGCAUUCAUCUCUCCGGAUGUCCACCACGGGAUUUGUGCCUUGUCGGCGCUCUUCCACAAGUCAGAUAUCACUUCGAAACUUGCCGUCCUCCAUCCAGUCCCGCCUCUCUAUGGUGAACCAGAUGGAACCCUCCAGCCAGAGCGGCGUGGCCUGUGUGCAGCAUGGCCUUCCUUCUUCCAGCAGCUCCAGCCAAAGCAUCCCAGCCUGCAAGCAUCACACUCUCGUGGGCUUUCUUGGGACAGAGGGAGGUCAGAGCAGCACCACCGAUGCACAGCCAGGCAACACCUUAAGUCCUGCCAAUAAUUCACAUGCCAGAAAGGGGGAAGUGAUUUACAGAGUCCAGAUUGUGGAUCCUAGUCAAAUUCUAGAAGGGAUCAACCUGUCAAAAAGGAAAGAGCUGCAGUGGCCUGAUGAGGGGAUUCGAUUAAAAGCUGGAAGAAACAGCUGGAAAGACUGGAGUCCUCAAGAGGGCAUGGAAGGCCAUGUGAUUCACCGAUGGGUGCCUUGCAGCAGAGAUCCAGGUUGGCAAAAGAGAGGAGCAAGCAGAUUCCUGCAGCGAGCAGAAGAUUCCUGCAGUUGUCACUUUGAUCCUAUGUGGGAGAGACUUGAAAACAGAGUGGGCUUGGUUAAGCGCCUCUCCUUCGCCCUUCACCCUGACUCCUGUCACUGUCUCCAUCCCCAAAUAAAGCUGAAAUAUUUUUUUAAGUUAGCUGCCAAGAAAACACUUUGCAUGAAGGAUAAAGUUUUGUUAAUAUACAUCCUUAAAAAAGGUUUUUUCCUAUGCAUUGCCUAUGCUUUAAAUCAACAAACACUUCAUUUCUAAACUAUGAUCUCAUAUUUUUCUAAUUUCUUUGCCAAAAAUAAUUGCCAUGUUUUGUCAUACAACAUGAACUCCAGUUACCUUGAUUUUUAAAAACAGACCAGUGUAGAAACGUUCAGUUUGACACAUAGCAGUAUAAAAGUUUAAUGUACAGUGAAAGAGACUAUGAACAGACAUAGAUUUAUCUAAUUCCUUGAGCGCUAAAAACUUUAAUGAAAAAAACUGCACUAAUUUUUUACACCAAUGCACUAAAGUCUGAGAUUUCUCAGAACAUUUAUUUAUAUAUAAAAAUAAAAUCCAUUAUUUAAAUUGCCUUUGGGAUUAACCCCUUCCCUUUCCUUGUAAACAUAGGUAGCAGGAACUGUGCUGCUCAUUUUGUGUUAGUAGUGUGUACUUUAUGCCAGUACGUUUGAUGUUUUCUUUAAAAUGAAUAUUAAAUCUCAAGAUAUACAUAUCUUCAUCAUUGACUUUUCCCACAGCUAAUAGCCAGUGAAUCGGUCAUGUGAACACUACUGCCAGCUACUGUGUCCACAUUUAGAUGAGCUCUGACACAGAGCGUGUCCCACCUGCUCUGCUUCUCUUCAGGUGGGGCAGGCUCUGCUGGGAUCGGUUCUGGGAAGAAAACACUUUUGCUUUUCAAAGAAGAUGAUGAACGUCCAGGAAUUUAAAAAAAGGAUUAUCACCUUUUAUUUAUUUUAAGAGUUCCUAGCUCUUUAAGUUAUUUUACAUGCAGUUAGUCAAGUAAAAUAUUUUUUCAAAUAAAAUUAUCAUCCAAAUGGUGCAGUUCUUAUUGUUAUAUCCCCUUUAAUAACUUCGCUUUUUAUUUCCCCUUUCUCUUCUUUUUCUAUUACUUGAAUUUUAUUUCCUGUAAUUUAUAGUGUGUAGCUGUAAUUUGAAAUAUUUAUAACUGUGAAAUUGACUUAAUUCAUAUGUUGUGUCAUAACUUAAAUUUUAUUGGUUUUUUUAAAAGCAUGUAUUCAGGGAAAUAUAUAACUCAGAUUUACAGUUGGGCUACGUGGGAACUGCAAUUUAGAUUUAAUUUGCAACUUCUGGCAUUUUUUAAAAAUUCUUAAGAAAAUUUUUCCUUUUGGUGUGAAACUCCAAAGAAAAUUGUACAUCUUCUCUGAGCAUUUAGGAGCAGCCAUCUUUCUGCACACCAUGAAUAGAUACUAAAAAGAAGCAAGUAAAAUUUAGUACAUUUCAUUUAAUGCAGUAUAUUCAGAGUGUUACAAUUUCAACAUGUGGCACUAGCCAUAUUUCAAAUACUUAAUAGCUACAUGUGCCUAGUGGCUACUGUAUUGGACAGCACAGGUUUAAAGUAUCUUUUGAUGUGACAGGAGAGAGAAGCUGUUUUCCCUACUAAUUCUGAUGUAAAUCUCACAGCAUAGCAUACUCUUAUAGUAGAAAGAAUGAAAACUAAGAGAGUAAAUAGCUAACAUACAGAAUCUAACAGCAUUUUUAUUUCAAACCUGUAUUUUCCCUUUUUCUAAUUUAAAAUUUCUGUGGUCAUUGAGAACCUAAUGUGCCUUGUGUUGGCCUUUCCCUAGACUUCACACUUUGCAAGAUUUACAGUUUAAAAAUACUUUUCAAAUGAUUUGCCGAAACUUUAUACAAAAAUACCCUUUCUAAAUUGACCAUUUAGAAAUGUAUUUUCCUGAUACUGUCAUUGUAUUCUGUAUUUGCCUCAUUUUGGCAAAC